AUGAAUAUUACUACUACACGGAAUUUAAACUGCUAUUUGACAGCUAAUUUAACAUCCACUAGUUUUCAGUUUUGUGCUAUUCGUAUCUAUCGGAAUCAGAGUGGAACACCAGAUAUAGCAUCUGCCGUAUAUAAUGGUCUUCGUUAUAUGAAUACACUGCAUCCAUUAACUGAAAAGGGCUGUACCGCCACUGUCGCUACGUCAUCAGUAGACACCGGUGCUUGGUUUUGUGAGGGAAAACUCCCAUACGAAACGUACACAUAUGUGGAUCUGUGUAUUUGUGCAACUGAUAAUUGUAACCAAAACUUAACUUCUUGUCAAAAUUCAGUUAUUAAUACUACGAACAUGCCAGCAUUGACAGAUUUCAUGCCAAAUCUAACUUCGAUUAUUCCAUGCAACGACACAACCAAUGAAAAUUAUACAUGUAGCGCACAUCCGUAUAUUAACGUUCUGCUGUGUCAAGCUUAUGUCAUAAAAAACAGUGUACUAUGUGCUAUUUCAAUCAGUGGAACUACAAUAACACAACUCUCAUUGAUAGGCGAAAACUAUGAAGUUUAUCUUUCUGAAAAACUUUAUGAGGCGAAUUCAAUCCCAAGUAAUGCAACGGGAACUUCGUUCAAUGAAACUCAAACUAACGUCUAUUUCAAGUAUUCUUAUCCAGCUACAAUGCCCUAUGAAGAAUGUGUUUGUACCAGUUCUUUUUGUAAUCAGAAUACUGGGACGUGUGAAACACCAGUAGUGUCAUUACCUAACACAACUACAACAAAAACGACUACUACCUCAGCUACAACUACGACUGCAACAACAACGACAACAACAAUAGCAACAAGCACCACAGCUACAACUACUAGCUCAGCUACAACUACCUCAGCUACGACUACCUCAGCUACAACUACAACAGCAACAACAACGACAACUACGACUAUUAGCUCAGCUACAACUGCAACAACUACAACAACGACAACAACAAAAACGACAACUACGACUACUAGCUCAGCAACAACAACAACAACAACUGGACCAGGAGGUGAAAAAGGUCUUGGUAGCGCAGCAACAGCUGGUCUCGCUUGUGGCAUUAUUUUCUCUGCUCUUAUAUUCACCGGUGAAAUUUUAUUCUUUAAAUUUAUCUACUCGGGGGGCUUAGGUAAUACUUUUGGAAGAUCAGCAGCUUAUGCAGCAUGA